GCCGCAAUGUCGAAACGGGAGGCGGACCUGUCCGAGUUCGAGCGGCUCACGGCCGACCUGGACAGUGAACUUCACUACAGUGACACGCUGGACUGGUCUAACGCCAGCCUGGAACAGUCGGUGGAAGACUUGCGAGAGAAGCUGCGUGCCUUGGAUCGCGAGCAAAUCCCCACCGAUGAUGACGCUCAGGAGUGGAGGACGCGCUACGAGAGCCAGGUGGCGCUGAACGCCGAGCUGGAGCAGCAGAGGGCGGCGCUGGCGGAGCAGCAGAGCACCGUGCGCACCAACAUCAAAGAAGGUCAACACGGCGACGUGUACAAGAUCGACAUGAUGUUCCCGGAGUACGAGAAAUUCACGGAGACGGAGCUAAUCAAGCUGACCAAACAGCUGGAGCGGCAGAAGCAGGACCUCAUCUCUCAGCUGAAGAAUGUCCAGUAUCAGACUGAUAAGGAGUCCAAGGACUUCCACCACUUCGACGAGCUGCGGCGCACUUACAGGGCCGACAUCGGCAUCACGAACCGCGACCUGGACCACCUGCGCAGCGUGCGCCGCUUGGUGGAGAAGGAUGGACCCGUGUCGCCUAUCACCUCGCCCGGCACGCUGCGCUGGAACAACAAGGACGGCAUCACGUCCAACCAGCGGAUCCUGGACCCGCGGCGGGGCCCAGUCAACAAGGCGGCCGGCGUGCGUUCGUUGCCGCGUGUGGCGGACGGGCCCAAGGAGAGGCCGUCGCCGCAGGGCUCGGGCGGCCAGAAGGCGCCCGCCUUCGAUGCGCUGCGCGAUUCUCCCGACCGGCAGAAACGCAGUGGCAAGUCCAGCAGCCUGCCCAAGAUGGCGGCCAAAAAUGGGCGCAACGCGGCGGCGAAGGAGGCAGCCGGGAGCGAGAAGGGUGGGAGGAAGAAAUAGAGAGGCGCUCUGCUGGUGGGACAAGAAAGAGCUGGGAUGGCCCGUGGAGGUGAGCUGUAGAUGGCGACUGGAAGUGGAUAAUCUUAAGUGAUUACAGACUUGGGUGGGAAAAGACGUAAUAUAUGGACUUGUGCAGGCCUUCAUCGGUUGACUCAGGGUGGAUGGAGAGAGUAAGAGUUUUCUCUGAAUGCUUUAGGCCAAGACGCUAUUGAGUCCGCACUGAUAUUAACAGUGGUUACGUUCAAAACGUGUUAUCAUUAGUUCGGUUGGUCAGUUCGACGCAAAUAAUGCAAUGCGUGUGAACCUCGUGAAUGCUUGAGCUAGAAGUAGUUGAAAAACCGACGUAGCAAAAUGGCGCCACGCAGUGGGCUGGAUAUAAGUGUGACUAUUACAUUGUACGUGUCCUAGAUUUCAUUCAUGGUGGGUUUAAUUCAUUCAGCAAGCCGUGGCAGGGGUGCAGUUUCAUAUUCAGCUGAUGCGGUCCCAGCGCCCCCCAUCAACGUCGAGAGGAAGAGGGCCGAAUUCAGGGAACAACCCGCUUUUGGUGUGCUUUGAAGCAGGCUUAUCCAUUUCCAUCGCUCAAAAUUUACCAAAUUAUUUUAUGAAACUAAAGCCCUGAGCGUCGGCUUCCACACCCCACUCACGGUAUGUUCCGUGGAUCGCGUCUUAAAUGCAUAGUAGUGCCGUAUCUGCACCACCUCUGCAGGUAAAGGUACAACCUCUAGUUGCGGGUUCGCUUGAUAGGUGGCGACCCAGUGCGGUGGCUGUGAAAGGGGGAGCGACAGACAUGGUCACUGCAUAGCUGGGUGAGUCGAAAUCAUGUGUAAUAAAACUGCAAGGCAGGUAAUCCGGUGUCAUUUCGUGAACGGAACAAAGUAUAUCUGCAGCCUCUUUUGGCUUCGCCGGCGGCGAUCUGUGUCUUCGCCUUGAAUGGCGAGCGCCGGAGACGGACCGAGUU